AAACAAUGAAAAGGACAAGUAAUAAAAACCAGGAAAAAUGUUAAUAUAUUUUUCUAUGGUCUUGAUUUCUGCUUUGAAGGGCUACAUAUGCCUUCCAACACAAGCGUGCAUAUGGUCAAAUAGAACGCUAAAUGUUGUUGAUUCUUGUCCAACAACUAAAGAGGAAACAAUAAAAGCAGCAAGGAUCAAAAGAUGUGAUGGCAUUGCAAGGAGUCAAAACUGUACUAAACCAUCUCAAUUCAAGUAUCAUUGUAUAUAUAGCUUCCGUCAAAAGAUGUUUGUUGAAGUUUGCUCAGUCGAAACUGAUGUUCAUGGUGUAUGUAUCGUUUAUGAUACGAGAUUUUCGAAGAUUCAACCUGUUUACAAUAUAAAAUGUAGAGAUAUUUCUGCGGCUUGUCCAGAAAGUUAUCUAUCGACUGAGGGACAUUUGUAUGCAACAUGUCCUGGGCUGAUGAACCUGACAAUGUAUGAUAUGACAGGGAAAAAUAACAAUCCUGAAAACCCGGAAAAUAACGAACAGUAA